UCCACACCUUCAUUCAAACAUACAAAAUUAUUCUUCUCUCUCCUUUCUGUCUCUAACCAAGUUAGGCUUCUGUAAGCUCAAUUUAUGGCGAUAAAGAAGUCGAGCAAAGUGGCAACGUCUCAAGCAGCAUCGCUAAAGAAAAUCUUGAAGAGAUGCUCAAGUCUUGGAAAGCAGAAUCAAGGUAAUUGCUACAUCAAAGACGUGCCAAAAGGUCACUUCCCUGUCUACGUUGGGCAAGACCGGAGUCGUUACGUGGUGCCAAUCUCAUGUCUAGCUCAUCCUGACUUUCAGACACUCCUCCAACUAGCCGAAGAAGAGUUUGGGUUUGAGCACGACAUGGGUCUCACUAUCCCUUGUGAUGAAGUUGUCUUUCAAUCACUUAUCUCCAUGUUCAGAAAGAACUCGACCUAGAGAGAUACUGAUUUACCUCAAUUGGUAAUCUCUCGGAAUCUAAUGGCGGGCUACGGGCAUCGCGUCAAGCAUCGACUCAAUAUUCGUUGCUAUAGCGAUAUGUAUUUUCAGGGUUCUUGACUAUAUAUUUUGAAUAUUUUGGGUGUGCGACUUUCCCCUUAAGUCAACGUGUCUUGCUGACAGUUGGUUCUUGAGAGGAAUAGCUAGUUUAUUUGUAUU